AAAAAAAUUAUUAUUUUUUUAUAAAAAUAUCUUUCUGAAUGCAGAGAGAAAUGGAAGGGGGAGAGAGUUGUCAUCCUUUGUUGAGAGGAGGUAACAGAAGAGAGAAAGGUUAUAAUCAUGGGUUAUCUUCAAGUCAGAUUCAAGUAUUGGCUGCCAUAUGUGAGACCCUUUUUCCUUCACUGCCAUUGGACACCACCCUAAACAAGGGUACCCCAGAAGACCAAGCCUUUUCAGCUUUCUACACAGCCUCAGCUUCUCAGGUCCCAUUUCCUGAUGAGGCUGCAGAGCUCUUGUUCAAGAGGGCUGUGCCAGAAGCAUUGUCUUUGGUGAAUUGGGUUCUGAAGAUUCUGUCUUUCAGAAUGGGGACAUUAUUGCUUUGUGGAAGUAUUUGCUUGAACAAGAAGUGGCCUUUCAUUCACAAGUUCUCUGAGAUUUCCUUGGAGAAGAGAGAAGAAGUUCUCAAGAAAUGGUCGAGGGAAAAGAAUUGGGUGCCUCUGCGAGUAGUGUUUGUGCUGAUCAAACUUGUGUGCUUCUAUAAUUUCUUCUCAAGGACUGAUGUAAAUGGGCAUAAUCCUGCAUGGAAAGCAAUGGGGUACAAAGUGGACACAAGGGAAAAGUUAAAACGAAAGGAGAGGCCUCUUGAAGAGGGAUUAAUAGAGACUAUGUACGAAACUGAUUCUACUUUUGUCCAAUCCCUCACUGAGAAAGGCCUUGAAGUCACUGAAGAUGUAAAGCAGAACAUGUACAAGGUCAAAUGUGAUGUUGUCAUUGUCGGUUCUGGUUGUGGUGGAGGAGUUGCAGCUGCAGUACUUGCAAACUCUGGUCAGAAAGUAAUAGUACUAGAGAAAGGAGAAUAUUUUGUUGCCAAUGAUUAUUCUUCCCUUGAAGGUCCAUCCAUGACUGCGCAAUAUGAAUCAGGUGGACUUAUGCCAAGUCUUGAUGGUAAGAUGAUGAUCUUGGCUGGCUCAACAGUGGGUGGAGGCUCUGCUAUAAACUGGUCUGCAUGCAUCAGAACACCUGAUCCUGUUCUGAGGGAAUGGUCUAAAAAAUAUAAAAUCCCAUUUUUUGGAAGCUCUAAUUAUCAAUCAGCCAUGGACUCAGUGUGCAGAAGGAUUGGUGUGACAGAGAAAUGCAAAAAGGAAAGCUUUCAAAAUCAAAUUCUUAGACAAGGAUGCGAGAAAACUGGUUUAAAAGUUGAGUCAGUUGCAAUAAAUUCUUCAGCAGAUCACUAUUGUGGUUCAUGCUGUUAUGGUUGUAGAACAGGAGAUAAAAAGGGCACUGACACCACUUGGUUGGUUGAUGCUGUUGGAAAUGGUGCAGUGAUCCUCACUGGAUGUAAAGCUGAGAAAUUCAUACUGGAAGAUGGAAAGGAUGGAAUAAAGACAAAGAAAUGUUCAGGAGUGAUUGCUGCAGCAAGUUGGAGAAGCAAGGUGACAAAGAAACUCCAAAUUGUAUCCAAGGUAACUAUUUCAGCAUGUGGCUCUCUCUCCACGCCUCCUCUAAUGAUUUCUAGUGGACUGCAAAAUCCAAACAUUGGAAGGAACCUCCAUCUCCACCCUGUUCAAUUUGCUUGGGGGUACUUCCCAGAAGACAUGAUAAACUUUAGUGGUAAUAACUAUGAGGGGGGAAUCAUUACCUCAAUCCACAAGGUAUUAGCAGAGGAUUCUAGCCCACGAGUCAUUGUAGAAGCACCUGCUCUAGGACCUGCAUCAUUUUCAGCAUUGAUUCCCUGGAUUUCAGGGCGUGAUGUGAAAGAUAGGAUGGUGAAGUAUGCAAGAACUGCUAACCUUUUUGCAUUGGUAAGAGACCAGGGAUCAGGAGAAGUAAGGGCUGAAGGAAGAGUUUCUUAUAGACUUGACCAAUUGGACAAAGAAAAUCUACGAAUUGGAUUGAGGAAGGCCUUGAGGAUUUUGGUUGCAGCAGGAGCUGUGGAAGUGGGGACUUACAGGAGUGAUGGCCAAAGAAUCAAAUGUAAAGGGAUAGAGGAGGAAGAUUUAGAGGAGUUUCUAGACACUGCCACAAUAGUUGGGGGUCCAAGGUCUAGGAAUGAACUCUGGACCAUAUUUACUUCUGCACAUCAGAUGACAAGUUGUAGAAUGGGUGCCACUGAAGAAGAAGGUGCACUUGAUGAGAAUGCAGAGAGUUGGGAAGCAAAAGGUUUGUAUGUGUGUGAUGGAAGCGUUUUACCCACUGCAGUUGGUGUCAACCCCAUGGUUACCAUCCAAUCUACAGCAUACUGUAUUGCCAGUAAGAUUGCAGAAUCACUGAAGAAAGCAGAGAAGAGCUUGACUAAUUAAGUUGUAUUGUUUCAAUGUAAUAAUUUCAUCGAAAAUGUUUAUGUACUUUUAUCUCUUUCGUAUCAUUUAAAUUCAAGCAUUUUAUCCUCGUAUUAUUAGUGGAAACAAAAUGAACUUCAUGUAAUCG